GGCUCCAACGCCAUUCUACCCCCAUGUCAGGCCGUGGGAAGAAUGCUGUGUCCUCUGAACGGGGGCCAAGAGCGACAGGUGGUGGCAACCCGCACUGCAUGGCCCCUGGUGUCAAAGAGCCUCCUCUCAGUCCCCGCCUCCACUGCCCACGCCCCUGCCUCCGCCUCUACCCACCGGGCCCAAUCCCUUACAACCACCCCAGGAUUGCUCCUGAGAAGCUGCGGAAGGCAGCCGGGUCACCAGGUUGCCCCUCUCUAUCCAGCUAGAAAGACUUGGGUUAGACACGCAGGAGCACACGCCUACCUACCUCAUGGCUGCAGAAAACAAAGCAGUUGAGCUGGGAAGCCAGAGCUUGUCAACAGAACAGACAACUAAAGGUGCUGCAGGUGGUGGACCUCCAGCUUCAGAGGAAGACCCCAACCCCCCAGUCACAAAGAGAGACCCGGGCCCCCCUAACGCGAAGAAAGACGGUGGUGCCCCGGACCCAAAGAAAGAUCCAGACCCACCCUCCCUGAAGAAAGAUGGCGAAGCCCCUGCCCCAGAAAAGAAGGGUGACUCGGCCCCGGCUUCAGCCAGCAGCCGGGGCCCUUCAGGAGAGGAGGACAGGGGUGGGGGGCCUGCUGAAGGUAGUGUGGGGCCCCCGGCAGCCCUGCCCCAGCCCACUGCCACAGCUGCGGCCAGCGGUCAGAAGCUGGAUGCCAAGCAAGCACCCUCAGGCAACCAGGGACCCGGAGAACCCAAGGCGAGCAAGAAGGCAGCAGAAUGCCGUGAAGCAGGAAGAAGGGGUUCACCUGCCUUUCUUCACAGCCCUAGCUGUCCUGCCAUCAUCUCAUGCUCUGAGAAGAUACCGGCUGUGAAGCCCCUAAGUGAGACAACAGAACUCACCUUUUCAGGGGUGUCUGUGACCCCUGACCCCCGAGAUCCUGGGCCAGCCAAGGCAGAAGGAGGGACGAACGCCCUGGCAGAGAGCCAGAAGGAAGAAGCAGAGAAAGGCCCAGGCCAGGCUGGGCAGGCUAAGGUGCAAGGGGACACCUCCCAGAGGAUCGAGUUCCAGGCUGCUCCCUCAGAGAGAGCGGAGGUGGGGCAGGCCCUCUGUCUCACUGCCAGAGAAGAAGACUGCUUCCAAAUUCUGGAUGAUUGUCCGCCACCCCCAGCUCCCUUCCCACACAGGAUCGUGGAGCUGAGGACCGGAAAUGUCAACAGUGAAUUCAGCAUGAACUCAAAGGAAGCUCUGGGCGGUGGUAAAUUUGGAGCUGUGUGCACCUGCACAGAGAAAGCCACAGGCCUCAAACUGGCAGCCAAGGUCAUCAAGAAACAGACUCCCAAGGACAAGGAAAUGGUGAUGCUGGAGAUCGAAGUCAUGAACCAGCUGAACCACCGCAACCUCAUCCAGCUGUACUCGGCCAUUGAGACCUCGCAUGAGAUCAUCUUGUUCAUGGAGUACAUCGAGGGUGGUGAGCUCUUUGAGCGGAUCGUGGAUGAAGACUACCAUCUGACAGAGGUGGAUACCAUGGUGUUCGUCAGGCAGAUCUGCGACGGGAUCCUCUUCAUGCACAAGAUGAGGGUUCUGCACCUGGACCUCAAGCCAGAGAACAUCCUGUGUGUGAACACCACGGGCCACUUGGUGAAGAUUAUUGACUUUGGCCUGGCACGGAGGUAUAACCCCAAUGAGAAGCUGAAGGUGAAUUUUGGGACCCCGGAGUUUCUGUCACCCGAGGUGGUGAAUUAUGACCAGAUCUCUGACAAGACUGACAUGUGGAGCCUGGGGGUGAUCACCUACAUGCUACUGAGUGGCCUCUCUCCCUUCCUCGGAGAUAAUGACACGGAGACCCUAAACAACGUCCUGUCUGCCAACUGGUACUUUGAUGAAGAGACCUUUGAAGCUGUGUCGGAUGAGGCCAAAGACUUUGUUUCCAAUCUCAUCACCAAGGACCAGAGCGCCCGAAUGAGUGCUGAGCAGUGCCUCGCCCACCCCUGGCUCAACAAUCUGGCAGAGAAAGCCAAACGCUGCAACCGCCGUCUCAAGUCCCAGAUCCUGCUUAAGAAAUACCUCAUGAAGAGACGCUGGAAGAAAAACUUCAUUGCCGUCAGCGCAGCCAAUCGCUUCAAGAAGAUCAGUAGCUCGGGGGCAUUGAUGGCUCUGGGGGUCUGAUCCCCAGGAGCAGUAAGCCUGGAUGCAGCUGCACAGUGGUCAAGGCUGAAGCCACACAGCUCAGAAGGCCAGAGAGAGAGAGAGAAAGAGAGAG